UUUUCUUUCUUUUCUUUUUCCGUCCUCUGACAUCUCUUCCAAUCCCCUUUCAUAGUAAUGAUUCAGCAACGACAACAUACCCUCUCUUCCUCUCCCUCUUCCUCCCUUCUCUCUCACACGCACCCACGCCAAACCCCACACGCUUCUUCUCUUUCUUCGCGUUUCCCAAUUCUGUGUUCCUAAUCAGACGUGCUGCAGAAAGUUGUGCGUGUCUAAUCCCGGUAGAGUGGUCCUCACUCUCAUCCUCAAUAACCUCCUCCUCCAAUUCAUUCCUUGCUUUUGUAUUUUUCGCUCUUCCAUUUUGGCUUUUUGUAUCGGAAAAUGCAAGAAGCUGGACUGGGAAUUAUGAGUGGGGAUUUGAGAGGAGAAUUGUCGCCGUCCGGCGAGCUCCUCCGGCAGCUUAAGGCAGAGAUAGCGACACAUCCUCUCUGUGGGCAGCUUGUGGCGGCACAUGUCGGUUGCCUCCGCGUCGCCACUCCGAUCGAUCAGCUUCCUCUUAUCGAGGCUCAGUUACCGCAGUCUCAUCAGCUUCUUCGUUCUUAUGCCUCCCUUCAUGCUCAUUCCCUUUCACCUCAAGAUCGCCAGGAGCUCGACAACUUCCUCGCACAAUAUUUGGUAGUGCUGUGUAGCUUUAAAGAACAGCUACAGCAGCAUGUCAGAAUUCAUGCGGUGGAGGCUGUUAUGGCCUGUCGUGAUAUUGAAAACACCUUACAAGCUCUCACAGGAGUGACUUUGGGAGAAGGAAGUGGGGCAACAAUGUCAGACGAUGAAGACGAGUUGGCGAUGGAUUUCUCAAUGGAUCAGUCUGGCGUUGAAGGGCAUGACAUCAUGGGUUUCGGUCCAUUACUUCCUACAGAAUCUGAAAGGUCUCUGAUGGAAAGAGUUCGUCAGGAACUAAAGAUAGAGCUGAAGCAGGGAUUCAAGUCAAGAAUUGAAGAUGUGAGAGAGGAAAUUCUAAGGAAAAGAAGAGCUGGGAAAUUACCAGGUGACACAACUACAGUGUUAAAGAAUUGGUGGCAACAACAUGCUAAGUGGCCCUACCCAACUGAAGAUGACAAGGCGAAACUUGUGGAGGAGACAGGGUUGCAGCUGAAGCAAAUUAAUAACUGGUUCAUCAACCAAAGGAAACGAAACUGGCACAACAACUCUCAGUCUGUGACCUCUUUGAAGUCCAAGCGCAAGAGGUAGACUUCGCUUGAUGCAUCUAUAUGGAACAACUAAGGCCGAUACAUAUAUAAACUAGUAGUUUUAUAAUAAUAGCUCAAGAAAGUUCAUAUUUAUAAGCUUUCUGCAUUACUUAUAGGAAAGAAUUAAGUGUUUUUGUUUUUUGGGUGUGAAAGUUAAGUGGUUAUUUUUCACUGUGGUUGUAAAUUGUUUACUGCGUGUCUGACCAGUUGAACAAGAAAUAUUGUAUAUGUUGCUUGAAGGAUUCACAAAUCUAUUUAAAGGCUCUAAGUUCUGGAUCA